GAGGGGCUGGCGACCCGGCCCGCAGAGCCGGCGCCAGCGGGCUGCUGAGGUGGCCGUCGCCGGCUCGGAAUUGCAGCUUCCCCGGGCCGAGCCCCCGAUGGAGGCCGAGGCCGCGGACGGCCCCGCGGGCGGGGUCGAAGCUGCGCUCAGCUGCUUCUCUUUCAACCAGGACUGCACAUCCCUAGCAAUUGGAACCAAAGCCGGUUAUAAGCUGUUUUCUUUGAGUUCUGUGGAGCAACUGGACCAAGUCCACGGCAGCAAUGAAAUCCCUGACGUCUACAUCGUGGAGCGCCUCUUCUCCAGCAGCCUGGUGGUGGUGGUCAGUCACACAAAGCCGCGGCAGAUGAACGUCUAUCACUUUAAGAAAGGCACGGAGAUCUGUAAUUACAGCUACUCCAGCAACAUCUUGUCCAUAAGGCUGAACCGACAGAGGCUGCUGGUGUGCCUGGAGGAGUCCAUUUACAUCCACAACAUCAAAGACAUGAAGCUGUUGAAGACCAUCCUGGAUAUUCCCGCAAACCCAACAGGUCUGUGUGCCCUCUCUAUCAACCAUUCCAAUUCUUACGUGGCUUAUCCUGGCAGCCUGACCACAGGCGAGAUUGUGCUGUAUGAUGGACACUCCCUGAAAACAGUCUGCACGAUUGCGGCCCACGAGGGGACGCUGGCCGCCAUCACCUUCAACGCCUCGGGCUCCAAGCUGGCGAGCGCUUCUGAGAAAGGCACGGUCAUCCGGGUGUUCUCCGUACCUGAAGGGCAAAAGCUCUACGAGUUCCGGAGAGGAAUGAAAAGGUACGUGACCAUCAGCUCCCUGGCCUUCAGUAUGGACUCGCAGUUCCUCUGCGCCUCCAGCAACACCGAGACGGUGCACAUCUUCAAGCUGGAGCACCUCGCCAACAGCCGACCCGAGGAGCCUUCGACCUGGAGCGGCUACAUGGGGAAGAUGUUCAUGGCAGCUUCCAACUACCUCCCCGCCCAGGUGUCAGACAUGAUGAACCAGGACAGGGCCUUCGCCACGGGGCGUCUGAAUUUCUCCGGACAGAAGAACAUCUGCACCCUCUCCACGAUCCAGAAACUGCCGAGGCUGUUGGUCGCAUCCUCCGACGGACACCUCUACAUCUACAACCUGGACCCUCAGGACGGAGGAGAGUGUGUCUUGAUCAAGACUCACAGGCUGCUUGGCUCGGGAACCACGGAAGAGAAUAAAGAAAAUGACCUCAGACCUUCAUUACCUCAGUCCUACGCAGCCACAGUCGCCAGACCAAGCGCAUCUUCCGCCUCCACGGUGCCAGGUUAUUCCGAGGACGGCGGGGCGCUCCGAGGAGAGGUUAUUCCCGAACACGAGUUUGCCACGGGACCAGUGUGUCUUGAUGAUGAGAAUGAGUUCCCCCCUAUAAUCUUGUGCCGCGGAAGUCAGAAGGGCAAAGCGAAGCAGUCCUGAUGAGAAGCGCGCCUCAGAAAUCAGGACACCCCCCCUGUCAGGUGGUUUUGGAGAAAACAAGGAAGGUGGAAGAAUGGCGUGCGAUUGUGGGCGCCGAGUGGGGGGCAGGAAUCCCAGGUGCCUCCUGCUUAAGCCACAGGACGUGGCUCCCUGCUCACCAAGCCCCCCUCGGCCCCGGCUGCCUGUGGGUACGGGAGACACGGUAUACGCAUCCUGCUAUUGAAACUGUAUUGCAGCCAUAAUGUCAAUGCUAACUAACCAUAUGGGUCUAUAGCCGGAAUUUUGUAUUAAAAGGGGCAUCCUUUUCCAAUGUAUGCUGUGUAAAAAUGUACCUAUAGGAAAAUGUCUUCGAAUUGUACUUCUUGUAUAUUACAUACAUAGAGACUAUUUUAACCAGGCGAAGUAUUUUUUUUUUUUUUUUUGGCAGUGAUUGGAAUAAAUCACGUACUACCUUUGAGUCCCAUUUAGGACACUAACAAUAAAUCAUGGCAAUGCA